AUGCUCUCUCGAUGGCAGAUAUUUGCCCUCCUAGCACUACCGGUGCUUCUGGUCUUGGAAAUCCAACACAUCCACUUCUUUUCCAGCGUUACCCCGCGCAUUCCCGCCAUUUCCUCAUGGCUUCCGAACUCUCUCCAACCGUCGACUCGACCGCGGGUUACUCUUCGGCAAGGGACAGUUGUUGGAGUGACGCUGCGACACACACUCAAACAUCCGGUUGAGGCAUUUCGAGGAAUCCCGUAUGCUUUACCGCCGACUGGGAAGAGAAGAUUCCGACGUCCAAAGCGAGUCGAUCCAUCCGACGAGCUGAUUGAUGCUGGUCGCAUGGGCCGUCGAUGUCCUGGGAAACAACUGAUUCCGCUGAAGGGAGACCCCGGCAGCGAUGAGGAUUGUCUCACCGUGAACAUCUUCCGACCUCGUGGGGUGCAGUGGAGGAAAUUACCCGUCGCUGUGUACAUCCACGGAGGGGCUUAUAAUCGCGGUUCUGCUUUAAUGCAUAAUACCGCGUCUAUGGUAGGAUGGUCUGCAGAGCCAUUCAUCGGCGUUUCAUUUAAUUACCGCCUCGGUGCACUCGGCUUUCUUCCGUCGUCCACAACGGCCCAGGAAGGUCUUUUGAACCUCGGUCUCCAUGACCAAAUUUUCCUACUGGACUGGGUUCAUGACAAUAUCGAGGCUUUUGGAGGCGAUGCCUCGCAGGUGACGCUAUUCGGAGUGUCCGCAGGAGCUCAUUCGAUUGCACACCACAUUAUGAACAUAAAGCUCGGAGAUGAGCUGUUCCACCGCGCCAUCAUCGAGUCUGGCGCCGCCACAUCGCGCGCCGUUCAUCCACCCAAUGCCACUCUCCAUGAGGAUCAGUUCCGCCAGUUCGUGGAUGAGUCUGGCUGCAACAAUAUGCCUGACAAGGAAAUCUUUGGAUGUCUUCGCCGACAGCCCCUGGAUCGAAUCACCAAUGCCUCUUUUACCGUCUUUGAUCGAUACAACCCGUCUGUGCGCUGGGCAUUCCAACCCGUCAUUGACGGUGAUAUCAUCGCGCAAAGACCCAUCGACGCCUGGAAUUCCGGCGAAUGGAAUAAGAUGCCUAUUCUGACGGGGUUCAACACCAACGAAGGUACCUACUACGUGCCCACCAAUAUGUCCAAGUCGGAGGAGUUUACAGAAUUCUUCCACACCCUCCUCCCCGCUUUCUCAGACGCGGAUCUCAAGACCAUUGACUCCCUCUACCCCGACCCGGCACGGGAUCCAUCUUCCCCUUAUCUGGAAACGAGAAAUAUCUCCGUUGGAUCGCAGUAUAAACGCGUCGAGGCCGCGUACGGACAGUAUGCGUAUGUGUGUCCCGUGCGUCAGACAGCCCGAUUUGCCUCCCGCGGUCAGAAGAAGCCCGUGUUUCUGUAUCGAUGGGCAUUGAAUACGACUGUCCAGGGCGGCGCCAACCACGCGGAUCAGCUACCUUACGAGGCAUUUGACCCGGAGGUGAGGGGUAUUUCCCCAUCUCAGGAGGAAGUUUCCGGCAUGCUACAUGCGUAUUUCACAUCUUUUAUUAUCCGUGGAGACCCGAACGCCGUGUCUGGCGCAUAUCCGGACCGACCGCUGUGGGAGAGCUAUACACCCGACGGGCGGAUUAUGAUCUUUGGCGAUGGUAAUGACGAGAGAGCCGGAGGAGCUGGGACUGGGGUUCCAGCGCAGUUGGCGAGAGACGAAUGGAGUCGUCGAGAAUGUAAUUUUUGGUGGAAAAAGACGGAAUCCAACUGA